UCAUUUUCCUUCUACACUGAUGGUGUAAAUCCAUUCAAAUCCUCCCAGAAGCAGAAUUUGUGGCCAAUAUUGUUAAUAAUUAAUGAACUUCCACCUGAGUUAAGACAAUGCAGGAAGUACCUUCUUUUGGUUGGGUUGUGGUGUUUGAGUAAAAAGCCAAACAUGCUCACUUUUGGACAGCCAGUGAUUAAAGUGCUAUUUGUGAUCUCUACCAAAACGAUUGCUGCCCUAGAUAAACGUCCGACCUCAAUCAGAGUUCCAGAUGUGAUUUCCCAAAAACCUAGAACACUAGAAGACAGAGCACAUUGGAAGGCCACAGAAUUCAGGGCUUGGUUGCUGCAUUUCUCAGUGCCAGUGCUGAUGGAGAUCCUACCUCCUCCUUACCAACAACACUACUCUUUGAUGGUUACAGCAAUGUCACUUCUUGUUAGUGAGAAAAUUUCUCACAAAGUCCUCAGUGAUGCAGAAAAGAUAAUAGACCUGUUCUGCAAGGAACUUGGCACCUUAUAUGGUGAAAAGGCAAUGACUAUGAAUGCCCACCAGUUGCGCCAUUUUGUCUACUUUGUAAGGCUUUAUGGUCCUUUGUGGGUGUACUCUUGUUUUGGCUUUGAAAACAUGAAUGGCUGUUUAACAAGCUUGAUCCAUGGAAAAAGACACAAUGCAGAACAGGUAGCAUUUGCACUGUCAGUCUUGAGGAAUCUUCCAUCUCUUGUCACAAAACUGAAUCCCUCUCUCAACUCUUCAUCAGUGAUGAAAUUUACAAAGAGGUUGUCAUGUGAACAUUCCAGCUCUGCCCUAAGCUUUGAAUGCCAGCCUGGGUACUUUUUCCUUGGAAAGCCAAAGAGUGAGCAUUUAAAGCCAGAACACAGGGAAGCCCUUAGCACCUUUUUUGCCUGUCAAGGGAUGUUCUUACUUGCCAACAAAGUUGAUUUGUAUUACCGCUUAAAGAUGAGGAGGUAAACAAUCACCGAUUGCUAUAUGAGAGAGCUAAGACGACUUGUAGUUACACAGUCCUAUACCAGGACAGCAGUCGCCAAAGCCAGUUUGGAGACAUCUGUUGUUAUGUCCACCACCAAAGUUUAUCCCUGGCCAUUGUCAAGCAGCACAGGACAGUGCCUGGUUCUUUCAUAACCUACAAGGGCUUUAACCUUUUAAAUCACAUGUCUAAAGUAGUGUACUGUAACAACUUUGUUGCUGUUAAGUUGGAACAACUGA